CAAAGAUAGUUUUAAAUUUGCAAGAGAAUUUUUUUAAGAGAGCAAAUUUAUCAUAUAGUCAUAAAUUAAUUGAUUUUUAUUAAAACAUCUGUAACUAAUAGAUUUUUGUCGAACUAUUAUUUAAUGCAACUUGAAAAUUUUAAGACUUUUUAGUAUUUAGUAUUUUAGCUUGUUCGAAUAUGCAAUAGCGACUUGCAUAAUCUUGUUCUUAAUAUUUCUCUAUCUAAUUUUACAUGAGAAUAUAUAUGCUGUUGUGGAUUUUAGGUUUUUUUCAGUUUAGAUGAAGUCAAUCAUAUACUCAAAACCCUAAUUAAAAGGAGAAAUUUCGGUUGAAGAUAAGAACACAUUACUAAUAUUAUUACAAUGAAGAUCGUCCGCAGAGAUUUCGUUCGUGGUGGCCCUGGCAGUGUCAAGAUGAUUCCAGAAGAAGCCGAUGACUUGUGGAUGGCUUACAAUUUGAUUGCUGUAGGUGAUUCUGUUCUUGCCGUCACUGUCAGGAAAGUAUUGAGAGAGGCUUCUGGCAGAAGGGAUGCAGAGCGAGUGAAGCUUCGGCUUGAAAUCAUAGUAGAGUCUGUGGAUUAUGAUAAAGAAGGCUCUAUGUUACGUUUACGUGGCAAAAACACUUUGGAAAAUGACCAUGUGAAGAUCGGUGCAUUUCAUACAUUGGAACUUGAGCUUCAUCGCCCUUUUGUGCUCAGAAAGGCCAUAUGGGACUCCUUGGCCUUGGAUAUGCUCCAUCAAGCAUCUGAUCCUGCUGCUAGUGCCGAUUUAGCUGUGUUAUUAAUGCAAGAGGGACUAGCUAAUAUACUUUUGGUUGGUAAAAGUGUAACCCUCACACGUUCUCGGAUUGAAGCCUCUAUUCCUCGGAAACAUGGGCCAGCUAUUGCUGGAUAUGAAUCUGCCUUAAAUAAGUUUUUUGAGAACGUUCUACAGGCUUUCUUGAAACAUAUUGAUUUCAAGAUUGUUCGAUGUGCUGUCAUUGCAAGCCCGGGAUUUACUAAGGAUCAGUUUCAUCGUCAUUUGUUGCUUGAAGCUGAAAGGAGACAGCUGAGAUCGAUUAUUGAAAACAAGUCACGCAUACUUCUUGUGCAUACUACUUCAGGAUACAAGCAUAGUUUGAAGGAGGUUUUAGAUGCACCCAAUGUGAUGAAUAUGAUAAAGGAUACAAAAGCAGCCCAAGAGGUUCGGGCCCUUGAAGAAUUCUUCAGCAUGCUAUCAAAUGAUCCAGCUCGUGCAUGCUAUGGUCCCAAGCAUGUAGAGGUCGCCCAUGAGCGAAUGGCUAUUCAGACUCUACUUAUCACAGAUGAAUUAUUCAGGAGCGCUGAUGUUUCAUCACGGAAAAAAUAUGUGAACUUUGUCGACUCAGUAAAAGCUUCUGGGGGAAACACUCAUAUAUUCUCAUCGAUGCAUGUGUCAGGGGAGCAAUUGGCACAACUCACCGGCAUCGCUGCAAUUCUUCGCUUCCCUCUACCUGAUCUUGACGAUAUUGAAAUGUGAUUAGAAAGGGAAGAUCAUUUUGUAUAAUAGUAACUAAUAAACGAAAGUGUACAUCCUUGUUCUGUCAUCGAUUCUUUUAUCUUCAGGGACUCGUAAGUUCGGAAUUUGGAUGAUAGCUUGAGUUUUAUAGUUUGUAUACAGAACAGAAUCUAACUUUAUUAUCUUAUAAUUAUCAUCCUUUUAUUUUUGGUUAAAUUUUUUAUUUUAAUUUUAUUUAUUGUAACACCCAAUGUAAACCAUAAGUCUUUGGUCGAGUAAAACUUUGUUUGCUUUUGA